UCAAAAGUAAACACGAUAAAAAUUAUUGAUUUAUAAUAUCGAGUCUUAAUGAUUUAAAAUCCUUUUAUACUUUUGUUUUCACUCUAUGUUGUAAGCAUUUGUACACCAAUUUAGUAGGAUAAUUUGAGAGCCUCUGAAAAUGCAUGGUCGUGUAAAGGUGAAAACUACUGCGGAGCAACAGGAAGCAAAAAGGAAAGAAAGAGAGAAGAAGUUAAAACUAUACAUUGGGGCGACACAGAUGAUCUUUUCUAAAAGAAAGAAUAAAGAAUAUGAUGGAGAAGCUCUGAAGAUAACUGGAGAGAUUUUAUCUAUGAACCCUGACUUUUCUUCACUAUGGAACUACAGAAAAGAGAUUUUCUUACAUUUUAAAGAUAAUAAACCAGAGGAUGAGUUGCAUGAGUUAUUUAAGGAAGAGUUACAGUUCUUGGAGGCUUGUCUUAGGUUGAAUCCUAAAUCAUAUGGUGUAUGGAAUCAUCGAUGCUUUGUCAUGGAAACCAUGGCAAAACCUGACUGGAAACAAGAACUACAACUCUGUAAUCUCUUCCUGGAUUAUGAUGAGAGAAAUUUUCAUUGUUGGGACUAUCGGCGGUUUGUUGUCAAGAAAGCUGAAAUAUCUCCAGAAGAGGAGCUUGAGUUUACCACUAACAAAAUUUGUAACAAUUUUUCCAACUUUUCAUCGUGGCAUUACAGAAGUAAACUUUUACCCAUCAUUUAUCCUGAUGAUAGUACGUCAGUGGGUGUUGAGGAAGGUGUACUCAUUAAAGAACAUGAGACAGUUCAGAAUGCAUUCUUCACUGACCCAGAUGAUCAGAGUGCCUGGUUUUACCACAGGUGGCUGCUUGGUAGAGGUAAGAGGAAGACUGGUGUAGGAUGUAUGAUGGUAGACAGAAUAGAACAGAAGUUAAUGAUUACAACAACACAGCCUAUACUGAUAUCACCAUCAACAUGUGAAGUAGAUGUUAGUGUGAAUGGAGAAAGAGUGGACGGUGUUUGGUGUACACACAAGAAUCACUCAGAUCUGUACUCUCAUAUAUGGAUAUUUAAAUCGAAAGAUUCGGAGCCAUGGAUUCCCUCCCAGGAGUUAAUAGAGGUGACGGUUGCUGCCGGAGGGGAUGACUGGGGGUCCUCAGAUAGCAUCGAGUUAGAACCACUGCAACAGUGCCAUUGGAUCUUCUCCCAGGAGGAGCAAGGUUCAAGAUUUAGAGAUGAAUUAAGUGCAGCUACGACAGAUACAUUAGAAAGAGAGCUGGAAUCUAUACAGGAACUGUAUGAGGUGGAACCAGAAAAUAAAUGGGUGCUAUUAACUAUUGUGUCAUUAAUGAAGGCUCUAGAUCCAUUAGAACAUCAAGAACAAAUAGAAGAAUUUAUAACAAAGCUGAAGACAAUCGAUCCUGUCAGGCUCAACUACUAUGAAGACCUCAGAAGCAAAUUUACCAUAGAGAAUUACAUUGAACAGCUGGAUUUUGGUACAAGAGUGAUGUCCCUUCCUAAUCAAAGUCUUACAUGCAUUGUACAUCCAGAGUUAUUUUCCUUGGUUGUGAAAGUGGACUUAUCAAAUAACAAACUGGACAGUUUAAAGGGGUUCAGCUGCUUUCAGUGUGCUAUAGAUAUACAUGUAGAUGGGAACCAUAUAAAUGAUGUGGAGGAGUUGUCUUUCUUACCUGCUCUUAAACAGCUAUCAAUUAAAGACAACUGUAUUUCAUCUCUAGAUGUAUUAAAGCCAUUGGCACAUACUAAACUACUUAAGCUGUAUUUGUUUGGAAAUCCUGUAGAAGAGAACCUGGAACAUAAGAGAGUGAAGGCAAUCAUUCCAACACUUCACAAUGUUGACGGACACAUGUACUGAUUUCUGUCACUAACAGGCUCUCACAGCAGACCAUGUUUAUUUUCUAGGUGUUUAAAGAUGAUUCUAGUGUUUAAUCUAAAUUGACCUUAAUGUUCCUACUUUUCCAUUAUAGGAAGCUAUUUUGGGAUUAAAACUAAAAUAUUUUUUGUGAAUUGUUUGGUAUGCUCCUUAGUAAAUAUAGAAUUAUUAGUACUCUCUCCUUGAGUAGAUAAACAUUCUAUCUAAUGAUUCAAUUGAUGGCUUUUAUUAAUAAAUUAAAUUUACACAUACAAAAAUAGAUGGCUUUUAUUGAUAAAGUAAAUGUACACAUACAAAAAUUGCUGACAGUGGCAUAACACUUCAUCAUUGUGACCUCACUAAAUGCUAAAAAUCCCUAGUUUUCUAGUGUCGUAUAUUGUUCAAGUAUCUUCCUAGUUGUUUUUACAACAUGCUGCUGGGGAGCCUGAGUGUAUUAAUGUGAAUAACCCUGGUGCUGUUAGUAUUACUAGACUUACAAAUGAUUUUGAUAGUUUUAAAAACAAAACUGCUUGUGAUAGAUAUA